AUGUCUUCCUCGGCCGUUCUAUCAAACGUCAAGAUGCUCCAGGAUGUUAUAUUCAUUGAGAUCGAUGGCGUAGAGUCAGCAUGGGACACUUAUUGUUUCGCCCUAGACAUUGAAUCUCCGGGACCAAAGGUACACCCGGCUGCAAGCGGCUCUGCAAUAUCGGAGGAACGUAUGAGUGUCAAGGAGGAAGUCAUUGGUGUCAAGAUUGAAGACCAGGACGUCGGCCUCAGUGAGCCAAGCACUCAGUGUGCCGCAUCCCCAUGCCACCUACUUACCAGGCGCGCAGAUAACCCACGAGACCCAAAGGAUACUAGCGAGUCAACAGAACCAAACAAACAAUGCGUCAACAAGAUUCCUGAAUCAUAUUUACCCCUUACCCGGAACCACAUCAUGCCCGAGAGCACAGACCAAAACAAUCGAUCCGAGGACUCUUUUGAGGCUCUUCUCUGGAGCUUAGAUGAUACUUCAUCAACCGGACGCAAGCAGAAGAAAGUGAACCCACUCGAUCCUUACCUAACUGCCGCUCAAUUCUUCCGUCUAAACUACGACCUUUUGCUAAUGUUUUCAUUAUUCUGCGAGAUGGAAUACUUGCUGAAUUCGAGCCCGAGGAUGCUGAUCAUGACCAAGAGCAGGACGAAGAGUUCAUUUUCAUUCCAACUAGCCAUUAUUAGCUAA